AUGCAAUAUGGUACGAUUUUUGCCACUGGAUCAGGCCCGUCACUGCACAUGCGUCCUUCUCCUGUAAAAGCGUUUUACGGCCUAAAAAUUGACAAAAAAAUAUUAUUUACUUUCAGAUCCCGAUUUCGCCUUUCGCAUUCAUCCCAAAUCCGAUCCCAAUAACGACUUCUUCAUCGACAAAGAUGGGAAUUUGCAUGUCAACAAGCAACUUGACUGGCACACGACUUCCACUUACAAUCUUUCUAUUCAAGUUCAAGACGGUCUGUGUUGGAAUUCCUCCCAUUUUGACUUCAUUACCCUCGGAAUUCGAGUGAUUCCAAGUGUAAUUAGCCGUCAUUUUAACACUGAAGAUCUAAACCAACAGUUCUUCGUGUCAGAAAACGCCAAAAUAGGCGAGAUUGUCGGAAAAAUCGAGCUUGAAAAUAUCGUUUAUGAUCGCGAAAAUGAUGACAUUAUCUUCGAAAUCGAGGACUACGGCAACUCCGCAAAGUAUUUGCAGUUGAAUCCUGUUACGGGAGAGAUUGUUUUGAGUCAUCAAUUGGAUUUUGAGCAGAUGAAACAAGUCUAUAUGCACGUCAUGGUAAAAGUUGUGGGAGAAGAAGUGGAAGAAGUUCAGAUUGCCGUGAUUGUAAACGUUCUGGAUGAGGAUGACAAUGACUUUGAGGUCGGUUAAAAAUGAAAUUGCAGUUAAUAUUUUUUCAAAGAUUGUGUAUACAGCGACGGAUCUGAUCCAGCGGCAGAAAGCGUUCCAUUUUGCAUCCGGGAAGUAUCAAAAAUGUAACAAAAUGCCUCCCUUUCCAACUAACAAAUUGUAAAAAACCUCCUUGUUUGAAGGUGCGUCGUUUCUCUCACAAAAAAGCGAGCGCGCUUUUGAAAUCGGAGUUUCCCCACUUGCAGAGUGAGGUAUUUUGCUACAUUUUUUGAUACUUCCCGGAUGCAAAAUCAUAUUUUUUGGACACUGGAUCAGGUGUGGCACUGAAAACUUGUUAAAAAAAAGCAUUUAUCAUCAAAAAAGCCGCUACGCCACUCGGAGGCGCGCCUCCGAGUGGUUACGGCUGCAGAACUUGGCGAAAAAGACCAAUACCUCGCUUACGCCUCAUAUGCAAGAUCUUGAAGGCAUCUGUUUGACAGCAAUCCUUUUUCAGUUGAAAUUUCUUGAUCAUCCCAUCAACUUGUUCGAGGACGUGAGAGUUGGAACAUUUGUGGCUCAACUGAAUAUCUCCGACGCCGAUAGCGGUCAUAACGCCAAAACCUUUUGUCAAAUUGUCGAGGGCGACAGAGAACGGAGAUUUUACUUGGAUUCGGUCAACAAUAUCAUCACUGUUCAGCGGGCUUUGGAUUAUGAAGCCAAGUCCGAAUACGAACUGGCAAUUUCUUGUCAAGACUUUGGUCGGAAGUGGAAGGAGAAACAAGGGUAUGAAAUAUAUCGGAUUACUGAAUAUUUAGUCUUGAAUUUGGAUAUCUUAACUUUUGCUUACUGUAGGAUCCUCAAGAUCAAAAUUUUCGACGUGAACGAUGAGCCACCCGUAUUUGAACGGGGAAAUGUUUUCAAUAUCGAUAUAAUGGAGAAUUUGGAUGUUUCUUCACCUGUUUUUAUCGACUAUAUCAAAGCAAUCGAUAGUGAAAAGGUAAGUCUGAAUGUAUAUGUUGAUUUCAAGCGGUGGGGCGCACGGAAACCCAGGGAGUCUUCCGCUAAUCGACACCCGCCCAGUAUCGGUUGAACUCAAACGAAAUGUCAAAAAUGAAUUUUUCGUGGUGCUUUCCGACCGAAAAAUAUUUUUUGAAAAAUUAGUUUACUGAUCCAGUGAAAAAACGUACCAUUUUGUAUCCGGGAAGUAUCAACAAUGUGGCAAAAUACCUCCCUCUCCAAGUGAAAAAACGAUUUCAAAAGCAUGCUCUUUUCAUGAGGGAAAGGGGGCGCCCUUCAAAACAAAGUUUUUUCACUUGGAGAGGGAAGCAUUUUGCCACAUUUUUGAGGGGAAGGGAGUAGUCUGGGAGCAGGGGGUAUAUUCCUUGGGCCACAGGGAGCCACCGUGAAAAAAAAUUUUUGCAAAAAGAGUGCUUCGGUCCCCCCUUACCUACUUUUUUUCGGCCUCCAGCAUCCGGGGUGUGGUACCCCACCCCGCAAGAUACGUCUUUGCAAAAGACUGAAAUUUCAGAAUCUUUCCAUUUUCACCAUUUUUUCAGGGUUCAAAUGGCGAGAUCUCCUACAUUCUCCAUUCCCAGACCGAUUUUUUCACUCUAAACUCAACAACUGGCGCCCUCUACCUAACUAAAAAUUUGUCGGCCAUAAAAACUACAGUAAUCCCACUGACCAUUCAAGCUGUUGAUCGUGGAGAAUUCGCGUUGUCUUCUACAGCAACAGUCAAUAUUCACGUUUUCCCGUCAAAAAAUUUGAGGAAAUGCCAGUUCCCAGCAAAGAUUUAUCGGAAAUUCGAGGAAAACCGAGAAAUUAAUGGAAGUUUGGUGACAAUUUCACCGAUCAGAGAGUGCGGAGAUGUUGUGUAUAGUUUGAAGACGUUCUAUGAUGAUUUUCGGAUCAAUUCAACUACUGGGGAAUUAAGCUUUAUUGGGAAAUUUGAUGCAGAAGUGAGGGUAAGUAGAGUGAAAAUUUGGGCGAUUUUUGCAAGGGGAGUAGUCCAAGUGCAACGUUCAGAUUUUGAUAAAAGUUGGUAAAAUUUUAGAAAAAUUUUUGCUAGUGCAUAUGCCAGAUUUUUAGCUCGCGCUUUGCAGAAACAACCGAGAUUUUUUGGUCGAAGGUUCGAAAAAAAAGUUGACACUUGACACUUUUUUCGAAUUUUCGCAUGAAAAUUUUCAUGCUUAUUUCUACUGUAUAGAGUAAUGUUUCCACAGAAAAAAUAAUUUUUUCCCCACCAAGCUGGAAAGAUAGUUAAAAUUAGAGAAAGUGAAAAUAUUGCAAGUCUUCGCCAAGUCUCCGCCGAGCCUUCGCCAAGGCUCCGCCGAGCCUUCGCCAAGGCUCCGCCGAUCAUCCAACGGACUUUCCAGGCCUUGUAGUCAUUUUCUACAAACGCUUUUUGGGUAUCCACGUGCCCUACGUCUUGUUUUGAUCGAUUUUAUGGUGACCCGAACUGUCGUCGACUUGAAAAAUCGUGACGCGAAAAUCUUGAUUUUUUCGCCUUUUAUUUUUUUUUUGUAUUCAAGAUUUUCCUUAAAAAAAUGUCUAAAAAUCUCUUAUUUUCCGGUUCGAGUUUUUACUCAUUUUUAUUCGUCGGUGACCCCUCUCCGCGUUUUGCGUACUCUCUCGGCCGCCAAGAUUGUUCAAUAUCCCGGCUUCGCCUGUAAAACGAGAGGCAAAACUUUCAGGAAUUGAAAUGUGGCACACAACUAACGUGUGGGCAAAACCAAAAGAAAAUCUACUUGGGGUACUUCCCUUGUCAGCAAAAAUGGCGAAAAUCACGGAAAUGAAAUGGCGUCAUUUUUUAAAAUCCUGUCGAAUUAGCGACUCUAAAAUUUUUCCAAAAAUUUACAAUCACAUUUUUUCAGAACACCUUCGAAAUUGAUAUUGAAGCGAUUGAAAUCACUGAAUUUAUCAACUACCCCAACAAAAUAUCGCUCAUUCUCACCGUCGUGGACGUAAACGACAACCCACCCGAAAUUCUCACCAAAGAUUUUGACAUCUACAUUCCAAAUACCACCUCUUCAAACCAAAUUCUAUAUGUGAUCAAUGCUCAAGAUCCCGAUUUUUCUUCGUUUGGAAAACUUUCGUAUCAAGUGUUGGGAGAGGCGGCAAAAACGUUUACAAUCGACAAAUUUGGAGGGCUCCGGUCGAUUGAAAGAGAGCUAAAUGAAGCCAAAUAUGAGUUGACGAUACUGGUUCGAGAUCAAGAUGGGCUAAAUUCCACAGUGGCCAUCAAUUUUUACACCGCCAACGCGGAGAAAUUUGUGGUGGAAAAGGUGGGAAAUGAUGAUUUUUUUGAUUAUUUUUUUCUUCAGAAUAUUAAACUUCAUGAACUUCAAGUCACCGAGAACUCCAAGGACGACUUGGAAUUCGGUCUUCAAGCCUAUUUCCACGAAGACCUCAACGACUUGGAGAUUUCGAUUAUGGCUGGCAAUAGGCUCAGUUUUUACAUUGAUGAUGACAAAGACUUUGUGGUCAAAGAGCUGGAUCGGGAACAGUAUCCCUACCAUCGCAUUUUUCUCCGCGUUUGCAAUAAGAAAACCCCGGCGUUUGGGUCGGUAAUUGAGAUGAAUGUCGAGGUGCUUGAUGAGAAUGACAAUGCGCCGAUUUUUGAAAAGGUGAGUCAGAGAAACUAGUACCGACGAGAGCCCGGAAAGAAAAGGCCCCAAAGGUGAAGGAGUCCCCAAUACGAAGAGGCCCCCAAAACGAUCAGACCCCUUAAACGAAAAGGCCCCCCCCAAUAUGAAGAGGCUCCUUAAACGAAGAGGCCACCUAUACGAAAAGGCCCCAAAAACGAAGAGGGCCCUAAAAGUGGAUAAGGCCCCAAAACGGAGAAGCCCAGACAGUGAAGAAGUCCACAUUACGAAGAGGCCACAUAAACGAAGAGGGCCGUAAAAUUGAAUAAGUCCCCCGAUACAAAGAGGUCCCCCAUCCGAAAAGGCUUUAAAAGUGAAGGAGUCCCCAAAACAAAGAGGCCACAUAAACGAAGAGGCCCCGAAAAAGAAGAGGUCCCCCAAAAAGAAGAUGAUUCCUACACGAAAUCGCAGUGAAACGAAGGGGUCCCCCAAAACAUAAAAAAGGUCCACUUUUAAAAAAUCGAAAGAAGGGGUGACAUGUUGUACGACAAAAAAAUUUUUUGCAAAAUGGAAAAAUAAGGAUUGCCAUGUUUUACGAUAAAAAAAUUUUUGGGGGCCAUAGGUCCCCAUGCUAUGUAUACGCAUACCAAUCCUUAUUUCCAGGAAAUCUACUACCUCAAAAUCACCGAGAACACAUUGCCUUCAGCCCCUUUGCUUCAUCUAACCGCAAGCGACGCUGAUUCCGGCGAAAACGCUCAAUUCACAUUCACUAUUAGCAACUUGGAUGAGAACUACGUUACUCCGUUUGCGAUUCAUCCGCAAAACGGCUACCUUAUUCUAAGAGCUGCACUGGAUCGAGAGGAAAAGUCAUCGUAUUUGUUGGAAAUCGAGUGUGUCGACGAUGGAAAUCCCCCGCAAAAGGGGCGAACCAUGGUGUUUGUUACAGUGGAGGAUCAAAACGACAACCCUCCGAGGUUUAGCAGUCUGUUGAAAGUGAGUAUUGAACAGCUAUUUGCGAAAUGCAAGGGGUUGUAAAAUCGGCAGUGAUCGUUUAAACGAGUGAUCCUCGAAAUUUCAGGCGGAAGUGCUUGAAAACCAGCCAAUAGCUGACGUUUUUUACACUGUAAAAGCUACUGAUCUGGAUGAAAAUAUGGAUGGGAUAAAGUACGAGAUAGUUGCGGGGAAAUACAGUGAUUACUUCGAAUUGAAUAGCACUAGUGGAGAGAUGAAAUUGAAAAAACAGUUGGAUCGAGAGGAGAUGGAUGAAAUUGAUUUGAAGGUAAGGGAAUUCGUGAUAAAAGUCGAUUUGCAAGCCAUGGUUCACGAAAAUUUAGAACCAGCCGACAUCUAUAUAGCCCGCGCGCUGAGCUGCGGGUUUUAAUUUUCGGCCCGGCCCAAGAGCCAUUUGUGACAAAAGCACAUCAAAUUUGUAGCAAAAAAGUUCUGGUCUGGCUGACUCUCACUUUUUGCGCUAUCUCUGGAAACAAAAAGUUUUAUAAUAUAUUUACCAUCAGUCUGUCGGGAAAAUAAUGAGCGCUCUGCCGCUUCGAGAAUAGCAUCGCCGCCGAGAAAAUGAAUCGUGUCGCGACAAAAUCAAAUCGCUUUUUACUUCGGCGACGCGAUUGGCGCGAAAAAAUUUGCUCUUUAUUUUCCCGACAGAUUGAUUUCUAGACUACUGCUGGAAUCGCAGUAGAUGACACAAAUAUUUAUUGAAUAAGAUGAAAAAAUCAUCAUAGCUCCUUCUUAUUGUAUCAAGCGAUAUUUUCAGAUAUCCUGUCAUGACGAUGAAUGGCAAGUGACGACUCAAAUGACUGUGAAAAUCCUCGAUUACAACGACAAUCCUCCCGUUUUUUCGAAUAGCUCUUACUUUUUUACUGCAAACCAAACUGCUGCUAUUGGAGAAGUUGUUGGAAAUGUAACAGCGAGUGAUGAGGAUCUUGAACAAAACUCGGUUAUAAGCUAUUUCCUGAAUGAGUCCAACGAAUAUUUACGAGUGGAUGUGGCGACUGGAAAGUUGGUUAUUAUAAAGAAAUUGGACGGACUUAAAACGGAUCAAAUGGAGAUGACUGUCAAAGCGAGAGAUCAUGGAUAUCCAAGUAUGGAGAGUGAAGCAAAAAUUGUUGUUCGAAUUCAAAGGACCGAGAAGGAAAGCAAAAAAAUUUAUGAUGACAUAAGACUGGAGCUCCCCAGGAUACAAACAAAAUCGAAUCUAACCUACAUUAGUACCAUCGAAGAUGCUAAUCAGGUACGUUAAAAGCUCUAAUUUUUGGCGAGGCAGUUUUUCUGACAAGGUGUUGGAAUGCUAUGACCCGAUUUGAGUCCUCAUAGCCACUAUGACAAAAUCAGGUCAGAAGCUACUAGACAUGGCUUCCAGGCCGGCCCGGGCUGAUGCUAAUUUCAAGCAUAGGCCCUUGAUUAGUCAUCGUUAUCGGGCCUAACGACGUCUAACCGAGCCGUGACGGGUCCGACCUAAAUUUCUCCGGCUAGUGCCGGACCGACCAAAGUUUGGAACGGGUCGGGCUGGGCUAAUCUUUUCUGGCUUUGCCUCAUACCUAAGCGCAUCUCUACCCCCUCCCUACUACCGCCUACUUUGGCCCAAAACGCCUUUUCAAGUCAUGGACAAAGACUUCGAGGUAUUUAACGGAGGUCCGACGAAGAUUAGGCGAAAACUUGACGAAGGCUUGAAAAGGACCGAACCCGCACCGUCUGGCGCAGAAAGCGAGCGCACUGACCACUCGGCCACUACUGCAGAUGAAAUAACUUGUUUCUUUUGAGGGGGCUAUUCGCUUAUUUUGGCUAAACUUUGCGGUCGAUUUUCUCGGCCGAGAAGCCCCGUAAGAACUUUUGGAAAUCAGUUUUGUGAUUGAUUUCCGCUUCACAUUUGAAACCUACGCUUCACGUUUGAAACCUACUAGGUCCCAUUCCAAGGUCCGUCAGCAAAAAAUGUGACUUCCUUUGUUAGAACAUGGCUAGAGCCACCUCAAGGUAUCGACAACUUGACUUACCUCCGACCCGGGUUGCCAAGACUUCUCUUUAACAUGCUGCCACAAAUACGGCCAUUUCACCACUGUAAAACUCCCUAAUCCUUAUUUUUCAGCCCGUCUCCAUGCCAGCUAAUUUUAUCAGCGAUAAAUUCAAGCUGAAACUCUCACACAGGACAACCAACGGAACUCUUAUUGGGCAGUUGCAAACCACACAAGUCAGCGCCAACAAGCCAAGGAUCUUGCUUCAAAAACAAGAUUAUUUAAAUCUCCAAGGGGAAUACAACGAUGUUAGAGUUGUGAAAAAUCCCAAAAGGCCUGUCGACUUUUAUGCAAUCAUUGAACAACGAAGCUACGAAGUCUUGCCGUCGAUGUAAGUCUCGUUAAUUCCUUUAGAAAACACUGAUUUAGAACGCACGUUUAUGUCGAAGCGAACAACGAGAGAGCAACGCCGGUUUUUAAGCAAUCAGAAUACGCUUUGAAAGUGAGGGAGACAGCUGAGAUUGGCUAUGAAAUCGUAGAUUUUGAGUUGAAUUUGCCUUCAAACUCAGUCAUGAGUAUUGUAAAAGGAAAUGAUCGUCAUGUGAGUUAGACAUCUCCAUACGGGCUUUUUUUGGCAAGCUGUAAGAAAGGUUGAAAUAGGUUUUAUUAUCAGUUUGUCAAGAAAAUAAUGAGCAUACUGUCGCAUCGAAAAUCGCAUCGCCGCUGAGAAAAUGAAAUGUGCCGUGACAAAAUCGAAUUGUUUUUCACUUUAGCGACGCUGCACAGCGAGAAUGUGCUCAUUAUUUUCCCUACCCUGACAAGGGAAGUACCUCAAAUGCGACGCUCAGAUUUUCUUUAAAUUUACUUACACACGUCGGGCAUGGACUAAAUAUCAAUUCCUGAAAGUUUUAGCUCACGCUUUGCCGGCGCCGCCGAGAUAUUGCACGAUCUUUGCCGCUGAGAGAGUACCCAAAACGCGGAGAGCGCUAGGAUUCUCGCAUAUACUACAGAAAAAAUUAUUCUUAAUUUGUGCCAAGUUUCAUCAAAAUCUGAGCGUCGCACUUGUGGUACUUCCCCAGUAAGUGCAAACUUCGAUUUUCUUUAAUUUUUUUUUCAAUCUUCGGUCAUUGGCCACAAAUUUUGCUUCGACAAAUCCAACAAUCCUUAGCACCAGUGCCAAGGAUUGUUGGAUUUGUCAUUCAGUCUGUCGGGAAAAUAAUGAAGACAAAGUCGCUGUUGAGCCAUCGAUGCGAUGGCUCAUUAUUUUCCCGACAGCCUGAAAGCUCCAGGCGCUGCCGCAAAAAUCCCGAUGCCAUGCCUUGCCUCUUCAUCCGGCACCUCAAAGAAACUUCCUACCCCAUUUUUUCUAAUUUUUUCACACUAUCGCCUAAGGCGUUUUAUGAAAAUCGCUAUCGGAAAUUUUACAGUUUUUUUCAGUUAUUUGCAAUUUUCAGAACUUUUGCAUCAAAGGCUCCUCAAUCCUUUCGAUUUGUCAUCCCCUCAAAGCCCAUGUUCAACGACAAUACAACCUGCAGCUCGUCAUCUUCACCAACAACAUUAUUGCUUCUCGCGCCAUGAUUAAUGUCACAGUAGUCGACGUCGACAACCAUCCUCCGAGAAUCCGAGAAGGCUUUGAAUUUUUCCGAAUUCUCGAGAAUCUACAGCCCCAUUCAACGAUCGGAAAGAUGCUGAUUUCCGAUGCUGAUAGACCAGAAAGUCCGCAGAAAUUUUCGUUCGAAAUUUUAACGGAGAACUCGGAUAUUGCCAUUGAUAAUGAUGGAGUGAUUUUGUCGACCAAAAAAUUCGAUCGAGAACUAAAAUCAAUGCUUCGUUAUGACGUCAGAGUUUCGGAUAUGGCUGGAAAUUCAGCGAUCUCGACGAUUUAUAUCGUAAUUGAAGAUCAGAUCGAUAAUUUAGCAACAAAUAAUGCUGUUAAUUACCAUUAUUCCGAUGUGGAUUUGCCAAAAAAUACUUGGUUGCCAAACCUACAGCCAGCCAGUCAAGAUUCAGCAAUCCACAAGGCGAUUUGCAACGAAAUUUCAACGGAAAAAAUCAUGGUUUUUAACAAUUGCUCAGCGAUUUUUAAUGGCCUUGGAGAAAGAAGUGAGAGGCUGAAAAUGUCAGCAAAUGUCACCAAUGACAAGAUGGUUAACUAUACGAUUAAAUUGGAGGUUUAUCGACCGAUUCAUGGGUAUGACUCGAAUUUGGAUGCAAUUGCUGUGGAAAUGGUCGGAACGGAAAAUGGAGUCGCUCAAUUUUUCAGAAUGCUGAUGAAACUUAAUGAGGAGGUGGUAAGUUGAAUUUUUGUAGAGACUUUGUGCAAAUCAGACCUCGAAUUUUCGAUAAGACAUGUGAUAAAUUUGUACAGUGACGGACCUGAUCCAGUGGCAAAAAACGUACCAUUUUGCAUCCGGGAAGUAUCAAAAAAUGUGGCAAAAUGCCUCCCUCUCCAAAUGAAAAAAACUGUUUUGAAGGGCGCGCUCUUUUUCCUCAUAAAAAGAGCGAGCGCGCUUUUGAAAUCGGGUACCCCUAAAAAGCGAAAAAAAUACAAAAAAAUGAGAGCAAUGUGGUGACAGUACAGUAAAAAGAAAAAUAAAAAUCGACAGGAAAAUAUUUUUUUUUUUAUUUUAGCCUAACAAAAAAUUUUAGUUCAGAAAGGGUUACUGUAACGAAAUUUUUUGAGUGAAAAUCAUUCCAAAAUUUCCGGUGUGAAAUCAUGUAUACAGGACCUGGUACAGUGGCAAAAAAGGUACCAUUUUGCAUCCGGGAAGUAUCAAAAAAUGUGGCAAAAUGCUUCACUUUCCAAGUGAAAAGCAUCUUUUUUUUAAAGUCUUUUUCACGUAAAGAGCGAGGUAUUUUGCUACAUUUUUUUGAUACUUACAGGGUGCAAAAUGGUACGUUUUUUGCCACUGGAUCAGGUUCUCCACUGCUAUGAUGCUUCUCAAGUUUUUGCCGCGGAAAAAAAUCCGACAAAAUCCAGAAAACCCGUCAUCCAAAUUGCGCUGUUUUGUACCUAGAUUUUGCUAUGGUGCCUUAUAGGGUAUUCCAAGUCAUAUACAUGAUAUUUUGUAAAAUACGUACCUGCUAAUACCACCAAUGUAUUUUCAGAAGCUCCGCUUCAUUUCAUCAUCACUCCUCUCGCCUUUUCGCCAUAAGAUAAUCUUGUCCAUGGAAGAUCCAAAUGGAACUUUGCCCACGACAACGGCAGCCAAAUUCGUAGAGGAUUUCUAUCAUAAACACGCCUCCAAGCUGAGUGUUUACGACUUGAAGGCCCGCAUCAACCUCUGCAUUAGCGACUGUUUGAAUGGAGGGAAGUGCAAAGCGACGACGACGAACAAACGGAAUAUCUACAGGAACUUUGAUUUCGUGGUCCAUGUGAGGAAUGUGGUUUGGAAGUAGGUGUUUUUUUUUCAUUGUCAGCUACAGCGGGGUACCUGAUCCAGUCGCAAAACACAUUCCAUUUCUCAUCCAGGAAGUAUCAAAAAUGUGGCAAAAUACUUCCAUUUCCAAGUGAAAAAAAUCCGAUUUUAAAAACGCGCCUGCUUUUUCUGUGAGGAAAGAGCGCGCCUUCAAAAAAAGAGUUUUUUUUUCACUUGGAGAGGGAAGCAUUUUGCCACAUUUUGUGAUACUUCCCGGAUGCAAAAUGGUACGUUUUUUGCCACUGGAUCAGGAAUGUCACUGUAUAUGUUUUGACCUUUUUUAAUGUCAUUGGCGAACGUGGGAAUAACGCUGGGCUCCGGAAAAAAUAUUAUAAUUUAUAACAAUAGCGCUAAUAUCAGUAUGUCGGGAAAAUAAUAGGGCAAAAAUGUCUCGCCUCAUCGCAGUCACCCAAUCAAUCUCCAGCUUAGACUAGUCGUUGCAAAUAUGAAAGGCGAUUUCAAGGCGCGAUGAAUCCACAUUAUUUUCCCGACAGACUGAUACUUCUCAAAAUCCACAUUAUUUUGCCGACAAACUUAUACUACUCAAAAUCCGCAUUAUUUUCCCGACAAACUUAUACUACCCAAAAUCCACAUUAUUUUCCCGACAAACUUAUACUACCCAAAAUCCACAUUAUUUUCCCAACAAACUUAUACUACUCAAUAUCCACAUUAUUUUCCCGACAAACUUAUACUACUCAAAAUCCACAUUAUUUUCCCGACAAACUUAUACUACUCAAAAUCCACAUUAUUUUCCCGACAGACUGACAGAAGUGUUAAAACUGACCCUUUGAAGUAUUAGUUUAAAAGCGUUGUCAACUGUUCAUAUACGUGCUUCAUUUUCCCAAAUUCUCACUUUUCAGAUGCAACUGCCCUACGCCAACUUCUGACGAGUUCUGCGGAAAUUCUUGCGAUUCUGACGCUACCACUUGCAGUAAUGAUCGUGUUGCGGCUGCAGUAACUUCCGCAUCUCAUCCAACGCGCCUUCAGUUCAAUGAAGAUCCAACGGAAGACAAAUUCUACUCGUUUACGUACGGGUCGAGCAUUCAUUUGUCCAAUAUUACCCACAUUAACCAAUUCGAGAUGACUUUUGCCACGGACGUGGCUGAUGGAGUCUUGGCCUGUUUUUAUGAUGACACAAGAGUUGACAAGGCGUUCUUGACGAUCGAUGUGGCCAAUGGAAAUUUGAGGAUUUUUGGGAAAGAAGUCGAGGAAAAAGUAAGUGGAAAUCUUCUAUCAGUCUGUGGGGAAAAUAAUGAGCACUCUGUCGCAUCGAAAAUUGCAUCGCCGUCGAAAAAAUGAAUGGUGUUGCGGGAAAAUCAAAUUUCUCUUCACUUCAGCGACGCGAUCAGCGUAGCAAAAUUGUUCGUUGUUGUGCUCAUUAUUUUCCCGACAGAAUGAAAAAUUUUUUUUAAAAUACGACGUCCCGAUAUUCUGGUCCAUACAUUUUACGGGAUACGACUAAAGUCAGUCUGCCGGAAAUACAACAUUCCCAGGUCCGAAGCAAGAUUGCCUACUACUUUUUGGCCGGCGGAUGGGCCUUGCGAAUUCAGUUUACCAACAAGAAAAAUUUAGGAUUAAAAGUGAAAAAAAUGCAGGUAUUUUUUUUUAAUAAGGCAGCGCACCGUAAAAACAUGCCUAGACUUUUUGGUCCGUCUACAGGGUGCGCCAAAAAUAUUGGGACAAAAAUCAAUUCCGUGUAGCUUUUUUCGGCUGGCCUUGGAAUCAAAACUUUUGGCCGUUUUAGCAAGGGUAACAGUCUUGCUAUACGGCAACGGUAAUGCCAGGGUUGGGGCCUAUUGCAAACUUGAAAAAAUAUUCAAAAGUUUUUGGGGGACCAAAAUUUUCUUUUCAAGUGGAUGACCGGGAAAUCAAUUUGGCCAUUAUUUCCGCUAAGGGAAAGUAAGAUCCUUCAAAUUUAUUGUGUUUAAAGCACAUGCUAUUCACUUCGUAACAACGUAUGUAAUCAUGGUUGACGACCGAUAUAGCGACGCUGGUCGAAAAAACAAAAAAAAAAUCCCGAAAGUUCGGAUUUUUAUGUUUUUAACGAUCUCAAUACCACAGUAUCGCCCGUGUUGCUCUAAAAUUUUGUGGUUAUAGAGUGUGUACAUAGGGAAUUGUCAUAUUGUAAAAGAAAAUCUACACCUACAAGGGGGCAGUUUCUGUAUGGAAAAAACUUUAUGGUGCGGAUUGGAGGCACGGUCCUUCGAAGCUUGAUAUAUUUUGGCAGUUUACUACAAGUUGAAAAGUACUUGAGCGUAAAAAUCGACGUAACGCUAUACUCGGGAUACAUGCUGACACAACUGAUUUAUUUUUAGCGAUCUUCAGUCCAAGCUCACUUGACGAGCAACCUUAGAGUAAAUUCUACCGCUGUAGUCACUAUUUCAUGCCCCAGAGGCAGCAGAUAAAAAAAUAAUUUUUCAAAGACGACUAGUCAGACUCUCGUUGUCCUUAUAAAAGUAUCACUGAUGCCUAAUACGCUGGGAACCUUACAUGGAAACUUCUACAUAAAAAUCGUUGAUCUUACGGAAGUUUUCUGGAAAACGGCGCGUUUUUAGGUCGACUUUGACGGGCUGUAAAAUAUGUAAUCGUCAUUAUAAGUAAAAAUCAUUUUUAGUGUAUAAAAAGCGACCGCUACUCUGUCAUAUAAAGUGAAUUUCUGCCAUAGCAUGCAACGGUAAAACUAGUGUUUCCAAUUUUUAUCCAUUUUGGGGUCCGUGUCUCAGGGGCCUUAGUUGUGAGCACUUAUAAUGGCAGAACAGGUGUCGUAUACGACUACUCUGUCUGAAACUUUGAAGAUAGAUUCUUGGGAGCAUUGCACGUUUGCACAAGCGACCACUUUGCUCUUGUACCAUUGCAGCCCGCAGGGCAAGUAAAAAUAUGAGUCCCAAUAUUUUUGGCGCACCCUGUAGUAUUCACCACAGACUAUAAAAUAAGAUUCGUCGGGGCAGGUUAGUUCAAAUUGCGCGCCACUUGCAAAGCAAUCGCUAGGGGAGGUCGCAGUUUCUAAACGGCAAGGACUUUUUCUACUCUUACAGCGACCGCUCGACUAAGGCUGGAUUCUUAAAUUGUAUACGCUAUAAGAAAAAUCUUUUCAUUGCGUCUUUCCAAGCCUACACACAUAAAAUUCCUUUGUUUCAGAAGUCCGUGGAUUUUGUCAACGACGGGAAAUGGCACAAGAUUACGCUGAAACAUUUUGAUGGCAAGCUGAACUUCACGAUAGCUCAAUGCGUUGAAUCUGACGUCUGCAACUCAACCGCUUUCGAGUCAUUUUCAUGGCCAAGUCUUGGGCUUGCAAAUUUUAAAAGCCUCUUUAUCGGCGGACUUGGCAACUCUUCGUUUCUGGACGCCCAUCAACAAGUUGCGUCCGCCCCGGAUUUCCAUGGAUGUAUGGCCAACCUAAAAGUCGAUCAAAAAUCCGUUGAAAUGUCGCGCGGCGGGUUCACAGCGACAAACUUGCUUACUAGAUGCUAUGUUGUUGCGGAGAACAAGGCCGCUUUCGAAGACCACUGCGGAAAUGGGAAAGAAAUCAAGUUUUAUGGCGAAGAUUACUGUGUCUGCGAGGAUAAUGCGGUUGGAAAUACUUGUAAUUAUGGUAAGCAUAGGAAGCGGAAUUUUGGAACAAUAUUAAGUUGGGGACCUGAUCCAGUGGCAAAAAACGAUUUUGCUUUCGGGAAGCAUCAAAAAUGCGGCAAAAUGCUUCCCUCUCCAAGUGAAAAAACUUCAUUUUGAAGGGCGCGCCAUUUCCCUCACAAAAAAAGCGGACUUGAGAAAUUUCCUGUUUUUCAGUCUGUCGGGAAAAUAAUGUGGAUUUUUCGAAGCAAAAAUGUCUCUAAACGUCCAAGCUUGAAUUGUCAUCUUUAUGGGCUCAUUGUCAGAGGAAGACUUGACCCAAAAUUGGGUUUGUAUCAGUCUGUCGGGAAAAUAAUAUGGAUUUUCCGCAGCGAUAUGUCUUGCCUUGUCACAGUUGACUCAAAUCUCCAGCCUCAACUACUCGUCGCAAAGCGAAUGGACAAUUUUAAGACGCGACGAAUCCGCAUUAUUUUCCCGACAGACUGAUAUCAUAGACAUGCUUUUUUGUGUCGGAGCUUGAUUUUUUUUAUCAUAAUUCCCUCUUCAGAUGACACUACAAUAUCGGACAAGCUCCUAUAUCUCAAGUUGAUCCCCACGGAGCAAUUCAAACGAACAAUUCAUUUUCAACCAAAAAAUUCAACAGCCAUUGUAAAUUCUAUUAGUCUGCCCAGCAAACGGCUGCAACGGCGUGCAGCUGACAAAACUAGCGGGGAAGAGAUUGAAAAUCAGCCAGAGGACGACUACAAUGUCGUUGAAUUUUACCUACGGACAUUUUCAACGAACACUCGACUAGUGUCGAUCACAUUUCCAAGCCUGACGCUGGAAUUGUACAGGAUAAACACGACGAUAAAACUGAAAAUCGAGGAGAGGUUAAAGAAUGUUGAGGUGAUAGAGUUUGAGGACCGUUACGACUUUUCUUUAUGGACGAGAAUAACGGUAAGUGAAGCAAAAUUUUCUUAUCAGUCUGUCGGGAAAAUAAUGAACACCCUGUCGCGUCGAAAAUCGCAUCGCCGCCGAGGAAAUGAAUUAUCUUGCAAAAAAAUUAAAGUGCUUUUCAAUUCAGCGACGCGAUCGGCGCAGCAACAUUGUACUAUACUCAUUAUUUUCCCGACACACCGUGAUGUUCGUUUUUCCCCCCACCUUAGCUUGUCCCCACCUUUUUUGGGUCCCUUUUGUCACCAGUCGGUUUUUGCCGCAAGGCGGUAAUGUCCCCAAUAUUUUGUUUCUUGUUAGAUGUAGAUAUACAGUAGAGGACAGGAUCCAGUGGCAAAAAACGUACCAUUUCGCAUCCGGGAUGUAUCGAAAAUGCAGCAAGAUACCUGCUUCUCCAAGUGAAAAAACUCCGUUUUGAAGAGCGCGCCUUUUCCCUUACAAAAAGAGCGGGCGCGCUUUUGAAAUCGCAGUCUUUCACUUGGAAAUACAGGUAUUUUCCACAUUUUUUGAUACUCCCCGGAUGCAAAAUGGCACGUUUUUUGCCCAUGGGUCAGGUCCGCCAGUCUAGUUGAUAAUGUCUUCAAAUCUUCAGCUCGGCUUUAACGACUACGGCCAAAUAAUGUUAAAGGUCGGAGAGGACUUCAAGACCAUCGAGAAGACCAAUCUGAAGAGGUCUAUGGCUCUGACGAAGCUCAGUUCGAUCGAGAUUGGCAGCCUUGCCAAUACCUCUUCUCCCAAUGCAUCCCUGGAUGGCUGUAUUCGUCGGCUGACAUUCAAUGGCCAACUGCAGAUUACGAAUAGUAAAAAGCAGAUCUUGAUGGGGAAUCAGGUGAGAAGAACGACUUUUUUCGACUAUCAGUCUGUCCGGAAAAGAGCGUGGAUUUGUUCGCACUUGGGGCCGUUUCUUUUAGGCAUUGUUUAUGCUAUCUUUAACAGAGUAAUGAGGGAAAUGACGCAUCGAAAAUCGCAUCACGGCCGAGAAAAUUAAUUGUAUUCAUUAUUUUCCCGACAGACCUAUAUUUUUUUCCUUUUUCAGUUUUUCCACACCAAUUUCCCCAAGCGCUCUCCCAAACUCGGAUGUCUCAAAGCCGCCCUCUGCCAGCCACAUCAGCCCUGCCCCUUCAACGAGGCCGUAACCGUAUUCGCGUUAACAGUUAGAACCUGGAUCGUGAUUCUCAGCGGUUUCAUUACCACCUCCUCGCUGGCUAUUAUUCUCCUCGGGAUUUUCCGCAAACGCCAACGAACCAAGAAGGUUGCGAAAAAUUGUCAACGGAUUUCGAAUAUGAAGCUGAUCUCAACCUGUGGAAGGCCGGGCUGCAAGGAUUUGGCGUGUCGCUACGACUUUCAACGGCCAUUCCAGCAGAGUUAUGAGCCCGGGUUCGCGGAUCCAUAUGGAUCGCAGAGCGUGAGCAAUGAGGACGCUAGUUGCUCUUGUGACUUGGUAGGUGGAAAGAAAUGUCUAUACAAAGUUAGCCACUUCCAGCUGCCCGCGAAUGUCAAACUGAGAUAAGCUAAAACAGUCCGGUGAAUGGAUUGGCCAUUUGCCAAAAAAAGACGCGAAAAAACGUUUUGUCGGGGAAGAAAUGGGGAAUUUUUGGGGCGAGAGAUUACGUUUUUGCGUGUCUUUUUUCUCUCUUUCUCUGCGCAAUCAAGACAAAGUGUAAAAAACCGAUAGCGAAGAGUCUAUUCCGGUCUCCGGACACCUCAGUUUGACGUGCGCUUUGCUUUUAGUCUUGAAAAUAUGCUUUCUUUCUCUUACCAUACACUAUGCUAGGAGAGCUAAACUUCUGCAAAAAAAUCAAUUCUGUUGAUGAAAAGUUAGCAAAGAUACCUCCAGAAGUGUUUUACUCAAAAUUUAAAGAAAAUAGGGGCUCCACAAAACUCAAAGCUUUGCUCAUUAUUUCUGAUGACAUUUAAUGAUUGAUGUGUGUACUAGACGGGCCAAAAGCUCAAGUUCAAGUUCGAUAAUUCAUGAAAUUCAUGUUAAGGUUUAAGCCCAAGUUCAGACAUAAACUUGAGCUCUUGCGGAGCUCUGAUCUGUGGCAUUUCCCUAUCAACUUGCGCCAUAUUUUACCAGUAUCAUUUCCCUUUUCUAAAAUUUUUUGCUGAAUCAAAACUAUUCUUCAAUUUUUCAGCAGGACUUUAUCUCCAAUCCGAGUGUGACCUACCACUCGAACUACAUGAAUGUCCAGUCACUCUCCAGCUUCCAGCCACCUCCCACCUACGACUAUCCCACGCGAGCGGUCUCCGCCGACUACGCCAAGCCAAUCUCAAUCCUCUACUCGCCUCGCAUGGAAGUGGGCUAUGUUCUGAGCGACGAAGACGAUCUCAAUACAUCAGCGGAGACGGCGUUCUAUCAUGAAGUGGAUUACGCAACUCCGACGAGGAAUUUUCAACAAAAUUACGUGUAA